AUGUCUCGCCGGCGAACCUCGCAUAGCGAGCCCAUGAACGAGGCCCUGGCAUACCCAUUUCACUCCUCAACGACAACGGCCAAUGCAAACGGCCAAAUGCCACCCGCGUCGCCGCGUCGCGGGCCCAUCGAAGGUCCUAAUGGCCGCCGUCUGAUCCGGCGCGUCACAUGGCGCUCGUCCACGUACAAACUCAUGGCGUCGCUGUGGGUGCUGGGCGUGCUGUAUAUUCUGUGGUUAAUUCGGGAUUUGUUUUCCUUGCCGUUUGCGCCGUCCGAGGCGAGUCCGCCUGGUCCGGCUGAUGCGUGA